AAAAAUGAGGUCGACUGCAGUUUUGGUAAAGCUUCAUUUCUUAAGUUGAAGGGCAAAUGUCUUCAAGAAACAGCAGCAUGAUGAAGCGAGGGGCGACUGGCGAAGGGAAUGCGGAUGACGCUGUGACGCCUUUUGACCCGGGGCCUGCUACCGCUGCCGAAGUGGUCGGCGGACUAGAAGAUGUCGGCGAGUCUGGAACCUACAGCUCAGGCAGCGCUCUGAACUCGUUGAUUGCCGUGGGCGAAACUGGUCGGCGGUCCAUGGCGAGCCUGCACCCGCCCUCGCGGCGCGCCUCUCUCGCGCACUCCAGCCGGCCCGGCUCCCCGCACCGUGCGCCCGCCUCCUCAGGCGCGGAAAUGCCUUAUUACACCCAUACGCAAAAUAUUGCCAUUUCGGGGGAAGGGCACAGCACAGCAGGUCACAACACAGCAGUCCCGCUCCAUCCCCGGACAAUGCCUGGCCGGCAUGGAAUUCCUGGGUCCGGCUCCGGCUCCGGCUCCGGGCUCGGCCUUCCGUAUCACGGCAACGCCCGAGCGACCAGUCCUGAAGAAACCAACGUCGCGACAGCACACCACACGGCUGCUGUUGCUGACGACAGCAGCAGUGCUGCUACUACAACUGCUGCUGGCGCCGGUGGCGGCGGGAGGGCUGGCGGUGCGCGCAUCGCCAGCGGGCGGGCCGCAGUCAACGGCGGCGUCAGCAGUAGCAACUCGCUGCGGCUACAGCCGGUGCUGUCUGACACGGGGCCCCCGCCCGAGGGGGAGCCGCCCUCCCCCUGGCUGCUCCACCACCCGCACCCGCACCCGCACCACCACCACCACCUGCACGACAGCAGCCCUCACGCCAUCCCAGCCCACCCACCACCAGUCGCGGCGGCGGCGCCGGUGGCCACUGGAGCAGAGGCGUUGCAUACCGCGUCCGGCUGGGCAGCAGGCGCGUCGGCGCACAGCAGGGCCACGGCCCAGGCGCAGGCGCAGGCGCAGGCGCAGGCGCAGGCGCAGGCGCAGGCGGAGGAUUUGGCCCUCGAGACAUUAUUAGCUGUACCGGGGGCCGUGCAUUCCCUCGGCGCGGAGGUUCUAAUGGCCCCCAGCGAGCACCGGAGAUCGCUAUCCGCUCGCUCCUCAGCGGCAGUAGCAGCUACAGCCACAGCCACAGCCGCGGUGGCAGUAGCAGCGGAUGUGCAUGCGGCCGUUCUCAACCCCAGCACCCGCCUGGACAGCCUCAGGGUGCGAGCAGCCUCGCCGCGCUCGCCCUCCGCCGCCUCCUCCACUGCCACCGCCGCCGCCGCCGCCGCCGCCGCCGCGGCCGCUCCAGCCUCCCCAUACCGACCCAACCGCCCGCCGCCGCCAUCCCUCAUCAUCAGCGCACCCGCAUCCGCGGAUCCGGAGGACAACCCGAAAGCAGCUGCUGCUACAGCUGUGGCGCCAGCUGCUGCUACAGCUGUGGCAGCUAGUGAGACGGCGUGGCGCCAGCGGCAGCUGCUGCUGCGUGACGCGCCGCCGCCACCGCCUCGGCCGCCGCUGGCGCCGCCGCUGGUGGAGCCAGAGGAGUGUGAGGUGCCGGAUGACCUGAAUGAGCUGCGCAACCUGAAGGAGCUGGAGAGGGCCUUCCGCGCCGUGACGCGCUGGCGGGCGGCGGCCCGUGCGGCGGCGGCGGCGGCGGCGGCGCGGCGGCGGCAGGCGCCCGCAGGCACCAGCAGCAACGGCAUUGGCGGCGCCGCCGACGGGGGUAGCCGCAGCUGCCGGGAGGCGGUGGUGGCGUCUGUGGUGGCGGCGGCGGCGGCCGCCACUUCGGCGGCGGUGGCGGCGGCGGUGGCUGGGAAGGUCGGGUGGGGGAAGGACGCGGAGGAGGAGGACGAGAAGGAGGAGGAGGAGGAGGAGGAGGAGGGGGAUGCAUGGGAGGACAGGUGCCCGGUCGCGCUGCUGGCAGUGCAGCACAUCGACAAGAGCAUCGAGGUGGUGCGGGGCCCCCAGCUGCAGCUGCUGGAGGCGGGCGUGCCCAUGUACAGCGAGGGUCGAGGCCAGCUAGAGGCAUACAGCCCGCUCCUGCCCCAUACCACACGGCCCCGCCGCGAGCGCCCGCCGCCCGCUGGACCCAAACACACACGCGCCCGCGGCACGCCCGCCACGCCCCACCCCGGCGCCGGAGCCCGCCCCCGCCAAAACACACACGCUCUUCCUGGCGCCCCCGACACCCCCGACCCCUUCGACCCCAGCCCCGCCGACCGACACGAACCCGGGGACGAACCCGGCCUCCCCCGCAGCCGCCUGUUCUUCCACCCAGGCUGCCUGGACGACUGGGGGGCGCCGCCCGACUGCCCGUACACGCAGCUUCACUUCAGCUCCGCCGCCCGCGUGUUCGUGCUGCUGCCGUCCGACAUGCGGGAGCCGCGGUGGCUGCGGGGCGGCUUCUUCAAGGUGCGGGAGCCGCUGUACCAGUACCCGCUCACCCUCUCGUUCAGGCUGAGUCUGGGUGCCAGUGACCGGCUGCUGUCGCUGCUGGCGAACCCGGCGGGGUCGGGCGGGCGCACCAACACCCUUCGCGUGUUCAAGUCCAAAAAGGUGUACGGACCAGGAGCGGUGCUGACGCUGGGCGGCGUGUCGCACGGGCUACUGAGUGACGGCAUGCACGUGCUCGCCUUCGCCGCCGCCGGGCCCGACGAGGAGCGUGAGCAGCAGCGGCAGCAGCGCGAGGCGGCGGCGGCGGCGGCGGCAGGGGCGGGGGGCGCUGGGGGCGGAGGUGGUGGUGGAGGUGGAGGUGACGGAGGUGGAGAUGGAGGUGGCGAGGGGGCGCCUCUGCGGCAGGUGUCGCACGCGGCGUCCUUCAGCAGCCUCACGGACUGGGACGUGUGGUACCCCCGCUUACUCAAGGCGGUGCGGCGUAACCGAGUGGAGGAGGCGCGUGCGCUGCUCAAGUCGGGCGCCUGGACGGCCCGUGACAGGUCGCUGGACCUGCUCACGCUGCUGCCGCCGGAGCAGGCGGCGGAGGCGGGCUGUGCACUGCUGGCGGACAUUGCGGUGUCCAACCACUCGCCCGCCAUGCUGGCCCUGCUGGUGGGGGAGGCGGGUGUGGAGCUGGGCCCUCGAGCCAUGAGGUUCCUGGUGCACUGCUGGGAGGAGCUGCCGGCGCAGGCCCUACUGCUCGACUACCUCCGCCGCGCACCCGCCGCGCUGGCUGUGGUGGCGAGUGUGUUGGCGGCGCUGCGGGCCGUGGUGCGAGCGCGCGACCGCGACCGCACCAAGUCCACUGUGCAGCUGCGCGCGGCGCUCAAGCGCUUUCAGGACCUGCAGGACGGGCUGCUUGAGGCGGUGGGGGAGGUGAUGCGGCUGGGGGCGGACGAGCGGGCGCGGCGGGGUGUGCCGCCGCUGGAGGCCAUCCUGGACCCCCCGCAGCCGCCCGGCCACCGCCCCCCCCUCACCGUGUCCGACGCCUCGCCGCUGCGGACCGCCUUCGAGUGGCGCGACUUUGGCUUCAUGGCUGCUGACGUGGUGGAGGAGCUCACCAACCGCACCUGGCUGGGGGCAGACCUGCAGGCGCUCACGUGCAGGGACGGAACACGAGAGGUAUCGCUGUUGGAGCCGGCGCUGGGCUAUGUGAUGAUGACGCACCUGGGGCUGGCGGGCGACGGCGCGCUGAGCGGUCUGCAGCAGUGGGUGAUGCGGCUGUGGCACCUGUCCACCUUCACGCCCGUGGCCUAUUUCCACUCGCCCCGCGGGCGCUGGGCGCUCAAGCUGGUGUCGACCAUUGUGUACAUCUCCCUCUACACGCUGAUCCUGGUCGACCCCAAGACCUACCAGGCCCAGACCUUUGGCCCGCGCGAGUUCGCCCGGCAGUACGUCUUCAUAACCUUCCAGCUGUCCUCGGUGGUGGAGAUGCUGCAGCAGGCCGCCUUCCAGUACCACGGCAACCUGGCUCCAGUCGCAAUCGGCUACUUCGCACUGGUGGGACACGAGCGCGUCUGGCACCGGGCCGCAGCCGCCUUUGGCUGGAGCGGGCAGGCCGGCGGCGGCGGCAGCGGUGGCGGCGGCGGCGGCGGCAGGGACAAGAGCGGCCACGGCGCCGGCACCAAGACCGGUGCAGGCGCCGCCUCGAGUGCACAGUCGCAAGCGCUGUCCGGCAGAUCCAUAUCUCGAUCCACGGUUGGCAUCGGCGGAUCAAGAUCCAGAUCCUCCCGGCGUGGAGGCGCCAGCAGUCGCAGCCUCGGUAGCCGGCGGCGCGGUAGCGCUGGCGCCGCCGCCGCUGCCGGCAGUAGCUCGCACCACCAUCAGCAGAGCCAUCACCACCACAGUUUGCGCAGUCAGCGGUCGGGCGGCGGCGCCGCCAGCGGCAGCAGUUUUGACGUGGGGGUGGAAGAGGAGGAGGAAGGCGGCGCCGGCGGUUACGACUGGACACACGAGCGGACCCACCAUCGGUUGUUGCGCGCGGGGCGCUUUCUGUUGUGGAGCGGUGUGGGCGCAGCUCUGUACCUGGGCGUGUUUGGGGGGCUGGCGGUGUUGAUGCUGCCCUGGUACGCCUGGGCUGCGCAGGUGGCUGUGUGCGUGUGGUCGCUGUUCGUGGGUGCGGCGCGCGUGUGGGCGGGGAGGUGGGCGGACUGGUGGGCAGACGUGAGCGCACCAGCAGCAGAGGAGCCGCCGGCGGUGCCGCCUCCUGCUACUGCCGCUGCCCCGGAAGCCUGGGCGGGGGCGGGGGCGGGGGCGGGGGCGGGGGCGGGGGCGGGGGCGGGGGCGGGGGCGGGGGCGGGGGCGGGGGCGGGCGACAGCAAAGGAUUCGACAGCCCGCCGGCCGCGGCGGUCGCAGCCGCUGUUGCAGCCGUGGACGGAAGACCGGCUUCGUCUGGCGAAGGGACGGCAGCAGCAGCGACGGCAGCAGCAGCGGCAGCUGCAAGGGGCGGUGCCGACGCCGGCGGUCCUGCUGCGGUGUCCUCGGCUAAGGCCGGCGGGGUAUCUUUCCUCGUGCACAGCCCCGCCGACUCUUCGUUGUCUUCCUUCCACAAGCCGCCGGCGCCGCCGUCCCGGCUUGGCUCCUCUGGCAGGCCCGCUGACGCCGCGCCGCCGCCGCCAGCGGCGGAAGCGCUGGUGCUGGCAGGUGAUGGUGGCGACGGAGGCGGCGGCGACGGAGGACGAAGCGGAGGAGGAGGCGGAGGCGGAGGAAGAGGGGGGCUUGCGGGCGGCUUUGCUGGCGUGCUGGCAGCGGCGGUUGGAGGAACACUGGCAGGAGGCGCAGCGGCCGCAGGCGGCGGCGUUGGCGGCGGCGGGGCUGGCGGCCCGCGUGUGGCGCCUAUGCGGUUUGAGGAGCUGUUCGGUCGCUGGGAGCAGCUGUCGCGGGCCCUGGGCAACCGGCACAAGGCGUCGAGGAGCUACCUGUCCCCGGCGCAGAUCGACGCUGCUAUCAACAAGGCGUUUCGGCUGGAGGGCGCCAUAGCCGCGGCACAGAUGUUUCGCGCCAAGGCCGCGGCCGCGCACCAGCAGCAGCAGCAGCAGCAGCACGAACAGCAGCUGCACGAGCAGCAGCAGCAGGCGAAGGAGCAGAAGGCGAAGGAGCAGCAGCAGGCGCAAGCGGCGCACGCGCAGGGCCAGCAGCAGCGCUCGCUCGCUGGCGCCGUGGUAGCCGCGGCUUCUGCUGCCGCUGCUGCUGCCACUGCCCCUGCUACUGCCCCUGCUACUGCCACUGCCACUGCUACUGCCACUGCUGCUGCCACUGCUGCUGCCGGUCAUCUGGAGGGCUACGAUGGCGCCGCCGGCGGGCCCUCGCUGUCGGAGCUGGUGGCGACUAUGGCUCAGCUGCAGCGGCAACUGGAGGCAGUGUCAGGCCAGGUGUUGCAGCUCACACAGCUCCAGGCUGCUGCUGCUGCUGCUACUGCCACCGGCACCGCGGCUGCGGGAGCGCUGCUGGACAGAGCCGGCGGACCUGCUGGGCCGAACACGUGAUGAGCAGCAGCAGCCGCCAGGGCCGGAGCCGGAGCUACUGCCGCUACAGCCCCCGCGGGUGUGGGAUGGAGGAGCUGGACGGCGGCAGGAGGUUUGGGUGGGAGCAGAGCGGUGGCCAGCAGGACGCAUGACCUUGGUCCUCGUUGUGCAGCCACUCGGCAGGGGCAGCUGUCGGCGGCGGCGGGGUGUGUGGGCGGGGAAGGGGGAGGGCGCAGCUGGGUGAGGAGAGCGUGCAAAACUUGUGUGUGGGGGAUGGCGAGAGCGCCGUAUUACUUGCAGCGCGCGUCGCUGAUGCAUUGCUUGCGAGUGCAUGGAGUCGUACGUGUGUGUGUGGUGGGGUGGGGGGGGGGGCUCUCUGGGCUCAGGCAGCGCAAGCGUGGGUUCAUGUGGGGCCCGCAGAAAGUGUAAGUGAAGCCUACUGUAUGUAUUGUGCUGGUGAGCAUUAUUGUUCGAUUGCUUCGUUGGUCCUCACGGUGCUGUUGCACAACAGUAACAGAAGUGAAGCGUUGCUGGAGAGCGAGAUUGAUUGCAGCAUGAUUGUUCAGGUCGUCCAGACAGCAGGUGCGAGCACCAGCGGUCAUCUGCUGGGGAUGCGGGGGAAAGUUGAUUGGUCCCCGCGCAGUGCAACCCCAGUAGGAGCGUGUGGGUUGGUUUGGAAGGAGGGGGAUACUGACUGGGAGACCCACCUGGGUAUAGGUCGUACAUGGCGCCUUGCACGGCGGGUGGUAGGGGCUUUCCUUGCUGGGGACUGCUCAGGACUGCUGAAAGAUGACCGGUUGGGUGGUCUGUGCUGUCGUUCGCACUUUAUGCAGGGUGCACGGUAGGCGGUACGUACAGGUUGGGCACUGAGUGUGUUGUGACUUGUGGGAUUUAUCCUGCCCUAGUGUGCCUGGUUUAUUGCAGUGCUCGUGUGCCUGGUGGCAAGCACUGAAAGGGGUGGCAAGGCUGCAAAGUCUUGGAACGGAGCUGCAGAGUUCCCGCCAAUCAAGGACUGGGCAGGUACAUUUAUCACCUGAGCUGGCGUGCGCGCUGAGAAGCGCAAGUGAGUUGCGCCAACCUGCUGCGGACUUGCACCGGCACGAAGUGAAGUGCGGCUGCACGCUGACAAGUAAGGUGCAGGCUGUGCCGUUGUGUGUAUGUGCCGCCGCGCGCGCUGUGACAGCGAACAUCCGCAGGCCAGUUUGCGAUGACUGGUUGUAGCCCGGAACACUUGGCUCGUGGGAGCAUGGUGCUCUGAAGGUGUGGCCUACCUGUAGCCUGUGUUUAAGGGAUUGUGCGGCAUGUACUGUACGGUGCCGGGGGUGGCUUCACUCGCGUGGUACGCCGCCACCGCAUUGCCGUAUGUUUGAUGGCGUUCAUUGGUUGGGUGACUCGGGUCACCACUCACCAGGAUGCUGGUGCCUGGCCCGCUGAGUGUUAAGGACCAAGCGCAUGCAGUGGGUAGAAGCGGUAAAAGCAUGCCCAGCAGCAAUUAUCAUG